AUGGCGCCGAAACGCAUGCCCCGGCAUAUGGCCCCGAGGCGACUCGCCAUCGUCGGACUGGGCAACUACACUCAUCCCUUGACCCGGCAUUCUAUCGGCCAGAUCCUCUUGCAGAACCUAGCAAAACGAGCCGCCGCCGACCCGCUGUUGAGGUCGGGUUCCUCGACGCUCAAAUCCGCCCGCCACGGCAUGCGGCACGCCUGGGUCGCCGAGAUGGUCCUACACCCACGCCCGGACUCGGAGGACAACAAGCCUCUCGAACUGCGGUUCAUCGUGCCCAAGUCGCCGAUGAACUUGACGGGACGGACGGCGCUAGGGUUCUUCUGGCAGUGGUUGCCGACUAUUGCGCGGAGUCAACCGAAACCGGGUUCGCCUGAGGCGCUCGCGUUGGCGGAGAAGGGCGAGCAGUGGUGGGAUGCGGUGGAGGUGGACAAGGAGGUCAACAUCGCGGCGGAGGAGCGGAGACUGGCGAAAGAAGAGGCGGAGCAGCCGAAGCGGGUCAAGUCGAUGUACCGCCUCCUCACGCUGCAGGAUAACCUCGACCUCUUUCCUUCAAAGUACCUCUACCAGCGCGGCGGCGGCAGCAAGGGCCACAACGGAUUGCGGAACGUGAUUGAGAAGUACCAGACGGAGCGGUUCCACCGGAUCUGGGUCGGGAUUGGGCGGCCAGAGCGAAGGGAGGACGUUGCGGAAUGGGUGCUGGGACCGUUGACGCGGGACGAGGUCGAGGCGUGCGAGUACGACGAGGAGACGAAGCACGAGGGCGAGGUGUUGGCCAAGGCGUACAAGGAGAUGAUGCGGAUAGGCUACGACGAGCCGGCAUGA